UUUUAAAUUAUAGAUUUCUCAUCCAAAUCUGAAAUCUCUUUAAAAAAAAAAAAAAAGGAAAAAAAAAAGAGAAAAUUCUCAUUUUGCAGUGAAAUCAAAGCACCAAAACAACGAAGACGACGACGACGAUUCCGGAUUCAAAAAUUUCUUACCGUUCCCACUGUCUGAGAAACCAACUAGAUAUGUUUAUAUAUAUUUAUAUAUAAAGGUAGUAAAUAUUCAACCAAGCUAAAGAAAUAAGUAAUAUAGCAACCGAAGAGAGAAAAAAAAAAAAUUAAAAAAGAAAAAACCUCUUUGCGUUCCUUUCCUUUGACCGAAUCGAAGACGAGGAAUCCUUUGGCUUAUUUCAUUUUCAGCUAAAGGGGCUUCGUUUUGCGUGGUUUUGAUUAGUGGGUCGUAUGCGUUUGAUGUAGCUAAAGAAGCUUUCUUUCAAUUUUUGGGAACUGGGUGUUGGUCGAGCUGGUAGUUUCCUGGACUAAAUUGACCAGCUUAGUUGCAGUGAGUUGACCCAGAUUGGUAUAGUUUGCAGAGUGAAAGGACAGAAUUGGGUUGGCUGUAAAGGUGGAUGGAGAUUGUGACUUUAACGAACUCUGAAAACAUUUGAAGCAUCUUGAACUGCUAGUGUUUGUUAGAGUUCUGGGAUUGGGAUGGGCUGUGAGUGUUCCAAGCUCUACUGGUGUUGUUCGGACGCUGAAAUAAAUGGACCAGUUCCUGAGCCCCAAAGUGCUCAAAAUGAGGAGAAAAAUGAACUUGAUUUGCCCACAUUUCAUGAAUACACGGUUGAGCAACUUAGGAUAGCUACAUCAGGCUUUGCUGUGGAGAAUAUAGUUUCUGAACAUGGUGAGAAGGCCCCGAAUGUUGUUUACAAAGGGAAACUUGAGAAUCAGAGACGAAUCGCCGUCAAAAGAUUCAAUAGAUCAGCCUGGCCUGAUGCUCGGCAAUUUUUGGAAGAAGCAAGGGCUGUUGGUCAGCUCCGGAACCAUCGAUUGGCAAAUUUACUGGGUUGCUGCUGUGAAGGAGAUGAGAGGUUGCUUGUUGCUGAAUAUAUGCCUAAUGAUACAUUGGCAAAGCAUUUAUUCCACUGGGAUACACAACCUAUGAAAUGGGCGAUGCGAUUGCGGGUUGCUUUACAUCUUGCACAAGCUCUUGAAUAUUGUACUAAUAAAGAACGUGCCCUUUAUCAUGAUCUAAAUGCUUAUAGAAUUGUCUUUGAUGAUGAUGGCAACCCUAGACUUUCAUGCUUUGGUCUCAUGAAAAACAGCAGAGAUGGGAAAAGUUAUAGUACAAAUCUGGCAUUUACUCCUCCUGAGUAUUUAAGGACAGGAAGAGUUACACCAGAAAGUGUAAUGUAUAGUUUUGGUACGCUUUUGCUUGACCUUCUCAGUGGAAAGCAUAUUCCUCCAAGCCAUGCGCUUGAUCUGAUACGAGACAGGAAUCUUCAGAUGCUAACAGAUUCUUGUUUGGAAGGUCAAUUUUCAAAUGAUGAGGGUACUGAGUUAGUACGUUUAGCUUCACGAUGCCUACAAUAUGAGCCCAGAGAACGCCCUAAUCCAAAAUCUUUAGUUGCUGCUUUAAUUCCUCUUCAGAAGGACACUGAGGUUCCUUCUCAUGUGUUGAUGGGUAUCCAACAUGGUGCUACAGCUUUACCUCUAUCACCUCUUGGUGAAGCUUCUUUAAGAAUGGAUUUGACAGCAAUACAUGAGAUCUUAGAAAAGCUUGGAUAUAAGGAUGAUGAAGGUGCAGCAACUGAGCUUUCAUUCCAGAUGUGGACCAACCAGAUGCAGGAGACACUGAACUCAAAGAAGAAGGGUGAUGUAGCUUUCCGUCACAAAGAUUUCAGAGCUGCGAUUGAGUGCUACACGCAGUUCAUUGAUGUUGGCACCAUGGUUUCCCCAACCGUUUAUGCACGCCGUAGUCUGUCUUAUCUUAUGAGCGAAAUGCCAAAUGAAGCCCUUAACGAUGCGGUACAAGCCCAAGUGAUUUCCCCUGUUUGGCACAUGGCAUCCUAUUUGCAAGCUGCAGCUCUCACUGCACUGGGGAGGGAAAACGAGGCACAAGUAGCCCUCAAAGAGGGUUCUGUCCUUGAAAAUAAAAAGACAGCAUCUGCUUGAAAAGUAAAGGAUGAAGGUUAAAAUUAAAUCUCCUUUCCUUAUAUUUUGAGAUGCUCUUUGCUGAAAGAUGAGCGCAGGUUGCAAACACAAGCAUGUCAAUGUUUUGGCCAAGUGAUCGAACAAAGGUUUCAUCAAAACUUAAAAGCAGAGCUCAAGAGUUAUGGAGAGAAAUGAUCAUAAUCAUCUGUAUGCAUAACCGGUUCAUUUGUUGUCAUCUUGAAGCAUUCUUUUACAACAUUAUUGGAUGGGGUUGGUUUUGGUUAAUUUGGUGGGAGUAGUUUGGGACACUACAAUUAUUGUUUGUGACAAAUUUUUUUCCCUGGUUUGCUGUUAACUGAAAAAUGUUUCAAUACCCAAAAAAAGGAAAAAAAAAAAAAAAAUCUUGGCAAAUAAUUUAGAUGCAAAUAAAAAGAAGAAGAAAAUAUUGUAUUUUUGUAAAGGAUUCAAAAUGUUGUUUUAAUGUUGCAUUUAAAAGGGUGAUGAAAGAAUGUUUAUGCCA